UUAGAAUUCUUCAAAACCUAAAAUUUCACCACAAAAUUAAUUUAUUUUUUCUCGAAUUCCAAAUCCAACAAGAAUAACAAAACCAACAACAAAACCCUAACCCUAAUUUGCCCCACACCCUCUGCUCUUUCCAUAUAAAUAAUCCACAAUACCCUUUUUUUUUUUUUACGCCAAUCUUCAGCUCCCCCUCUUCUCUCUCUCUCCAGUUUUUUUUCUCUCUGUUUUGUGUUUCUGAAUACUGAAAAGAAACUCACAUAAACACACUUUUUGUUUAAUUCUUGCAACAGAAAUAGAUCAACGAAGGAACCGAGUUUUUAGUUGUUGUCAUUGUGAAUGGUGGAAAUCUUAAGUAAUAGUAUCAAUUUCAUGCUCUCCCUUUGUCAAUCAAGGGUGAGCUUUGGCUUUGUCUCUGUUGCAUCUGCUUUCGCUUUUGGAUCUUGCAAAGAAGGCUGGUACUAUCGCUGCCUUGGCGUCGACCCCUGAGCUAAUCUUUAAUUCCCAUACAAUCCCCAAUUUUCGAUUCUUGAGAAAAUUUGUUUUAUUUUUUGUCUAAAGAACAAAAGAAAAGAAAAGCCGAAUUAUCUGUUUUAACAAUUAAUUGAUUCGAUUCCUCAAAUUCGAGAUCUUUUUCUUUUAUUAACAAAAGGGCUUUGCUUAGAUUUGUUAAUUCUCGAAGAAAAAGAAGAAAAAGAAAAGAAAAAAGAUGUUGCUUUACAAGCCAAAGAAAAAUCAGGCUGCUGCUAAGGGCAAUAGGUUCUUGAUUAGUGUGACAGUGUUGGGAAGUGCUGGUCCGAUCCGGUUUGUUGUUAAUGAAGAAGAGCUUGUUGCUUCUGUUAUUGAUACUGCUCUGAAGUCUUAUGCUCGUGAAGGUCGCCUUCCUAUCCUUGGCUCUGAUCUCAAUGAUUUCUUCCUUUAUUGCGCCAAUGCUGGUUCGGAAGCUCUGAGCCCAUGGGAAACAAUUGGAUCGUUUGGUUUUCGGAAUUUUAUGCUAUGCAAGAAGCCACAGCCAGUAAAGGUGGAUGAUGGAGCAAGGCCCCAUGCAGCAAUUACACAGAAGGGGAGUGGUAGUUGGAAGUCUUGGAUUAACAAGUCCCUUAAUCUGAAGAUAUCUUCUCACUAAAUGGAAGAUGUCCUUUCUGUCAAUUAUCAGUUUCCAAGUAAUGGAAUUUGUUCUCUAUCAUUUUUAGUAUUCAGUUAUUUUAAUUUGCCGAGUUGAAUUCGUCAUCUUGGUUAUGUUUCUUGGGCUAUUCUCGAUCUAAUUCUGGCUUGAACCAGAUACCUGAAGAAGAUUUGCUAUUCAGGGAAUAAAUGUGUACUCUUUAGGAAGUUUUUGCUUUUGAAUAAAAUUAGACAUUUGUUUAAGUGUCUAAUAAAACUCUCUUUUUUUUUCCCUGUA